AUGGCUGUUGCUGAGAAUGCUGGGGUCAGGAAUGGAACUACCGGUCAAAACUUUGACAACACUGUAGUGUCAUCAGAGACAAAAGAUCUUGAGAGAUCAUCAUCAAAACCCAGAAAUGAAUCAGUGGUGGUCAACAAUACUAAAGACUCAAACUUUCAAGGCCAAAACAAUGAUCAUCAGACUGUCAAUGGUAAGUCUGGAGAGACUGGGGGUUUAAGCAAUGGAAAGACUAACGGGACCCAGAUGCAAAAUGGGUUUGAUAUGAAUCAGUCUGGUGGGUACGGGGAUGAUCAGAUUCAUCAGCAAAGGGCUAAAUCUAAUGAGGUUAAUGACAUGAAUGAUUUGGUGGAGAUGUUGUCAAAGCUGAAUCCUAUGGCUGAAGAGUUUGUGCCUCCUUCACUUGCUAGCCCUCAUGGAUAUUUUGGUAACGGGUUUGGCUUUAAUGCUAACAAUUUUGUAGUGCAAACUAGUCCUGGGAAUGGCAAUGGACCUACUAAUAGAAGGAAGAAGAACAGCUAUAAUCAAGGAAGGCGAAGGAUGAACAGCAGGACAAGUAUGGCUCAGCGAGACGAGAUAAUCCGGAGGACUGUAUAUGUUUCUGACAUUGAUCAACAGGUUACUGAAGAGCAACUUGCAGGGCUCUUUAUUCACUGUGGACAGGUUGUUGACUGUCGUAUAUGUGGUGACCCUAACUCUGUUCUCCGUUUUGCCUUCGUUGAGUUUACUGAUGAAGAAGGUGCAAGGACUGCAUUAAGUUUGUCAGGGACUGUUCUUGGAUAUUACCCACUAAGAGUGCUGCCUUCAAAAACUGCUAUUGCUCCUGUUAACCCAACGUUUUUGCCAAGGUCUGAAGAUGAGCGCGAGAUGUGUGCAAGGACCGUUUAUUGUACAAAUAUUGACAAAAAGAUUACUCAGGCAGAUGUCAGGCUCUUCUUUGAAUCCUUUUGCGGAGAGGUUCAUCGCUUGAGGCUCCUUGGAGACUAUCAUCACUCGACCCGCAUUGCUUUUGUGGAGUUUGCAGUGGCUGAGAGUGCAAUUGCAGCUCUUAACUGCAGUGGUGCAGUUCUGGGAUCAUUGCCAAUUAGGGUGAGCCCGUCAAAGACCCCUGUUCGCCCUCGCAUCCCUCGCCCUCCAUUCAACUAA